CUUCCAGAAAUGUGUACUGUUUGUUUACUAUAAAAUGAAGAAAAUCAGAACCACGAUAGAUUGACCUAUACUAGUCCAAUAUGUUAAUAUAAAAACCUAAGGGGCAAUUUUGAAAAUUAGACAAAAGUUCAUAGACCAAAAGAUAAAUUAAUAACAGUUAUCAGCAUCUAUCGCCAAGUCUUCCCCUAGGGUUUUUUUCUGAAACGGACAUCGAGAGAUUCCAGGAGUGAGUUUUGACACAAUCGGAGAGGAAGAAAUGGGGUCGACUGAAAAAAAUCAGACGACGCAGCAUCAUCCGCCUCACAUCAGCAGUCUCGUCGUACGACCCUCCGGAAGCAACGACGGAGAAGACGGCCGCAACGUCGCCGCCGCCGCCGGAGACUAUGAGCCCGGAGAAGUUUCUCGUGACAGGCCUUCAUAUACUCGCUCGGAUCGGUAUAAGGGUGACAAUGGUGAACAGAACUUAAGUAGGCAUCACUUGUUUCUUUCAUUACAAAUGUUUGUGAUUGUGUACCUCGUAAUCAAUGUUUUCUCUAACUCUCUUAUACUUUUAUUAUAUAACGCCACAAUAACAAUGCUGUGUAAGUUGCAAAUGUAUCUUGUGUGUAAGUACUUAGGGCAUAGAACUCGGGCAAGUUCUAACUCACCAGGCCGUCGUGGAUAUGAAGAUCACCGGCAUAGCUCUGAUCUUAAUCAUUCAGGCGUUAAACCUCGAGGCCGUGAGUUCAGCAGCAGAAGGGAAGCAUCUGGGAGACACAGAGACUAUUCACCACCUUAUGCUAGAGGUGGAGCUGGUGCUCGUCCUUAUGGAAGAGGUUUAGAUGGGCCUGAACCUGCAUAUGGAAGCGAUGGCAUGAGCAGAAAUAAUAUCCCAAAGGUGCAACCAAGAGAUGGAGAUUGGUACUGUCUAGAUCCAUUAUGCAGAAACUUGAACUUUGCGAGACGCGAGUCCUGCAACAAAUGCAAGAGGCAUCGUUAUGCACCGGCUAAUAGUCCUCCACUGCCUCGUCUUCCUCCUCCUCCCAUGAAUCUCUCCCCAAGAAGAGACUUUAAUGGCUACAGAUCUCCUACACGUGGCUGGCCCAGAGACUACCCGCCCUCAAGGCAUGACCAUCCCACAUGGAGAGACAGAGAACGAGACCGUCCGCAUUACUCAGACCAUGAGUACCCUCCUAGCAGAAGAAUAGCGUCUGACUGGGCCCAUACAGAGCUUCUCCCAAAACCUCAUUACGACAGACGACCACCUCUCAGUCCACCGCAUCCUCCACCUCGUGGUGGCAGAUGGGGGCGACUUUCAAGAGAGAGGAGCAGAUCACCGCCAUUGAGAGAUGUUCCACCACCGCCAUUGAGAGAUGGUCCACCACCGUCAUUGAGAGGAGGCGGCGGUCCAAUGCUGCACAGAGAUUACCGCCGUGACAGUAACUUUGACAAUGGAAGACGAGAUGAUGGGCGUGGCGGGAGAGGCAGAAUGGGAAACUCUUACUGAUGCAAAAACCGUGCAUGUCUUUGGAAUUUGGUUUAGACAGUUAAAAUUUUCCCGGAAAUCAAAUGUGACCUUGUAUUACACCUUAGAUUCUUUCUUCUAAUUUUGAAAACUUUUGUGCCAUUAGUGCAAAAACCAAAGAAAAUGAAAAGCAAUUUUGGUGCUCUUUCGUAAUUAAA